AGUGAUCCUAACCAUGGAGUUAACAACUUAACUCAACCAUGGUUACUUUCUUCCUCAUCACCAUUCUCACCUUUCUCUCAAAACCAGAUCUAGGGUUCAUGCAAAUCGCCACGAUUUUCACCGAUAAAUUACGUAUAACUUCUGCUAAAUCUACACAUGCAUCCAGAUCUUAACUUCUCACUUUGCGUUACGUGAUGGAGACGCAGAGGAUCGUCGAAUUUCCUCACAGAAUCAUGGAUAAACGACCGAGAAAACGGCCUCGAUUGGCCUGGGACGUGCCUGAUCCUGUUCAUCCUCCUCCGAAGGUACAUCCAGCUUUAUAUUGCAGGCAGGAAUACGUAAACGGCGCAGUCCCUAUUUUUUCUUACUCGUCAAUAUACUACAAAGGGAUACCUCAUAAUGGUUCUCCUCCAUGGAGACCAGAUGAUAAAGAAGGGCACUAUAUGUUUGCAGUAGGAGAAAAUAUAACUCCUCGAUAUAGGAUAUUGAGCAAAAUGGGUGAAGGUACUUUCGGGCAAGUUUUGGAGUGUUUAGACAAUGAAAAGAAAGAGCCUGUAGCAAUUAAAAUCGUUCGAUCGAUAAACAAGUAUCGUGAAGCCGCCAUGAUUGAAAUUGAUGUUUUACAGAAGCUUGCCAGACAUGAUGUUGGUGGUUCACGUUGUGUGCAAAUACGGAAUUGGUUUGACUAUCGUAAUCAUAUUUGUAUUGUUUUUGAGAAGCUUGGUCCAAGUUUAUAUGAUUUUCUCCGUAAAAACAACUACCGUUCAUUUCCCAUUGAUCUUGUUCGCGAGUUUGGCAGACAACUUUUGGAAUCUGUUGCAUUUAUGCAUGAUUUACGCCUUAUACAUACCGAUUUAAAGCCAGAAAAUAUUCUUUUGGUUUCAUCGGAGUAUAUCAAGGUGCCAGAUUAUAAGUUUCUCUCAAGAUCUGGAAAAGAAGGUUCUUGUUUUAAGAACUUGCCAAAAACAAGUGCUAUCAAGCUAAUUGAUUUUGGGAGUACUACGUUUGAACACCAAGAUCACAGCUAUGUUGUAUCAACGCGACAUUACCGAGCCCCAGAGGUUAUAUUGGGCCUUGGUUGGAAUUAUCCAUGUGAUUUGUGGAGUGUCGGUUGUAUUCUUGUUGAACUUUGCUCUGGUGAAGCUUUAUUCCAAACUCAUGAGAACUUGGAACAUCUUGCCAUGAUGGAGAGAGUUUUAGGACCGCUUCCUCAACAUAUGAUCAUGAGAGCUGACCGUCGAUCUGAGAAAUAUUUUAGAAGGGGUGCACGGUUAGAUUGGCCUGAAGGUGCAGCCUCAAGAGAAAGUAUGAGGGCUGUGUGGAAACUUCCACGCCUGCAGAACUUGGUAAUGCAGCAUGUGGACCACUCUGCUGGGGCUUUGAUUGACCUCUUGCAGGGGCUCUUGCGUUUCGACCCAGCAGAACGGUUCACAGCCAGGGAAGCUUUACGGCACCCGUUCUUCACAGGUGAUAUUAGACGAUACGGGUACCCUUUGUAAUUGGAAAAUUCCAAAGUUAAAUAGAAAAUUCGUGAUAUUUUCCAUCAAUCUAAGCUUUUAAUGAUCGUUUUACUGUUACAUCACAUGAUUAUCUGCUUGUUAUAUUUUUGCUUGUUUGAUUGUUGGGGAUGUAUAUUGGUUUCUGCUAAUUGUGUUUUGAAGUCCGGUCGUAUAAAGUUUGUUGUCAUAAUUUGAAUGAUUUUGAUUUGUAA